AUGGCUUCCGUGUCGCGGCGGCGCCCGGUCGCCACCCCCAAGCUGAGCUGGCGGCAGGACCAAGCGCUGGGCAGCACCUUGCGCAUCGUGCGGGUCUUGGGGCCCACCGCUUUCGUCCUGCAGCAGCAGGAGGAGGAGGAAGAGGAAGAGCAGCUCAGGGUUUUCCUAGGGAACCCUCAUUCGUGCAGCUGCUCAACGUUUGGGAAAGAGAAGGACCUCUGUAAACAUAUUUGCUGGUUAUUGCUGAAAAAAUUCAAACUUCCAAGAGAUCAUGAAUAUGCUCUAAAGUUGGGUCUUGUAGAAAGAGAAAUUAGCUACGUGCUUCAAGGUCCUCAAGUCGCUCUCCAACCCAAAGUAACGAUUAAUUGCAUUACGGAGUUGCAAACAGGUGAUGAUGGGUCUAUUAAACAAAAAGAAAUCGAGACAGAGGACGUAUGCCCAAUUUGCCAGGAUGUGCUAUUUCAGAAGAUGCUUCCUGUGACGUAUUGCAGGUUUGGUUGUGGCAACAACAUACACAUUGUAUGUAUGAAGAUCUGGGCUGAUCAUCAGCAAGGAUUAGAGAGAGACUCUUUAAUAAAGUGCCCCCUGUGUAGGGAAGAUUUUGCUCCACUGAAGCUCAUCUUGGAAGAAUUCAGAAACUGCAGAAGACUUGUGACUGCGGCAGAGAAACAGCCUCUUGACAGACACCUUGGAGUCCCUUGCAAUAAUUGCAGAAUAUGCCCCGUUGAGGGCAUUUGCUACAGGUGUACUGAAUGUCCUGAAUACCACCUCUGCCAUGGUUGUUUUAGAAGAGUUUGCCAUCCUUCGCAUACUUUUGUGUUCCGAGAGAAAAGAAAUCAGAAGUGGAGGUCAGUCAAAAAGCUAUUACAACUGUCAAAUUCAGGGGAAAAUCUGAAGAGCAUUAAUCCAGAGGAGAAUUGUAAGGAAGAAAAGGACAAAGAGAAGUACAGCUGCAUACCGGAGCACAUAGUAAAAUCGUUACCUACUGCGCUGGUUAGGAAAUGUAGCCGUUUACUUGAUCCGGGUUUGCAGUGUAGACUCUGUCUGAAGAUCUUUUGCCUUGGCCAAGUUGCAAAAUUCCUGCCAUGUAACCAUAAGUUUCACAGGAAAUGCAUCGACCAUUGGUUACGGAAAGAAAAUGGAUGCCCUAUAGAUGACCAUGUUGUGUAUAAUCCAUUAACCUGGGAGGAUGUACCAAGCAGAGGCAAAGAAAAUCCAUUAGCAACUCAAGCUAAAAACAAACUUGCAGAGCAGACAGAACAGGAACUUUUUAUACCCGGGACUGGAUUGUUCAUCAAGGGAAUAAAUCCUGGUUAUGGCUCUGAGAAAUCUCAAAUACAUUGUAAUAAGAAGAAAAGUCCUUCAGAAUUUGAACAGGAUUUAACUCUGAACGGCUUCAGCUAUGGUCACAUGAGAAGCGCCGUGUCUGGCCAACAUAGCAUUCGGAAAACGGGGAAUUUGAAAUUUUCUAGAUAUGUUAGGGGCUUAACCUUUAUUCCGAAAUCUCAUUCGGAUACCCACAGGGAGGAUGGCUUGAGCGCCGAUGCCAGUGUCCAUGCCACUGUCGGUGGAGCAAAUGGCCUGGCUGCUGGCGCAAGCGGCCUGGACGCCAGCGCGGGCCCUUACACGUCUCCUGAGGACUUUCACCCUCCCAGCUCAGGAACAGGCUAUUAA